AACAUAUCGUUUACUUUUCACUAAUUACGAGGCAGGAUCUCGUAAUAUAACUAAUUUUAAUGUGCGUUUAGCGUGUUCAAUAACAUGGAACUUAAAAGUGAGGACUCCGACAUCAUAAUUGUGGGAAGUAUUCCCAUAACAAAUCCGAGGAAAAAAGUGCUUAAGAGUAAAAAGCGAAACGUCUUUAUAUGUAAACAGAGUAACACGGAGAGGAUAAUGUGUCAAACCUAUACGAAUCACAAACGGCAGAGAAGGGGAGUUAAUAAAAGGAAGGAUCAGGAUAUAAAGAGCGUAUCUAAGAAUACAGUUGCUAUAGAGAGAAUUGUGCCGUGCUGUCUGCGAAGUAUAUGUAAUACACGUAAUCAUAGAUCGCAAACUAGGAUAUGCGUCACACCGCGCUCAAUUAGCAAUAUGAAGAUUAAGAAAAAACGGCGUAAAAGAAAACACAAUGUAAGUGAAAAUACCCCAGCAAAUAACAAUAACAUGUACGAAAAUAUAAGUUCGGACAGCUUUCAUAGCGAUUCCGAUGUUGAUGAAUUAAUACGCGCCACACGAAAGCGUAUGCAAGCACAAUACACAGAAUGGUCUACACCACUAUUGCACACAAGCACCCCUAUAGAAGAAGAUUUGGAUUCCACCGUCGAACUAAAUUCAAUACAUUCUUUAGAUACGGUUGUUUUAGAGAAUGUGGACGAUUUCAGCUGGCCAAUUGAAAAUACUAUUAUUAAUUCCACUUAUUCACCUUUAUUGAGCCCCAUUCGUUUAGAGAGUAUAAAAGUUGAAGCAAGUAAUAAUGACAUUGAUAAUAAGAACUACAGUCCAAGUAUGGCAAUAGAAGAUUUGGAAAUAGACAUUAAGCCUCUGGAGAUUAAGAAAAAUUACGAUCACGCGUGGAGUCCUAAGAGUGGUGAUUACUUAUUUAGUUUUGACAAAGUUUAAUUUAUUUUUAUAAGGAAUUAGAAAUGGUGUGGUUUUCUUUAUG